CACGGGCGGGCCAGGGCCUCCUGGUGGCCAUAGCCCGGCUCUAUGCCCCGACUGCCGUCACUAUAUGAUCCCACAUGUCACCAUUGGGCUCGCCGCAACGGUCGGCCGAGGUGUCCACCCAGACCAGUUGGCCGCCCAGACCAGUUGGCCAGACCAGUUGGCCGGGUGGGCCAAAACGCCUAAGUACGCUAUCUGCCCGGGUUGGGGGCAAAUUCGGGUGGCCCACUUUGUAUGGGAAAAGUGACCGACGCACGGGCCACCCCAUACUAAAACCGUCCCCCCCCAGCAACUUUCGGACACCUCAACGUUUGUGCGCACGAUGUGUGCCCAAGUGAGGCCGGUGGUACUACGUGGAAAGGAGGUCAACUUGACAGCCGGAAGCACCCCUCCCGGGGCACGUUUCGCGGUGUUCCUGAUGGCCUCCCGUCCACAUCUUCCCUUCUACCGCUGGCGUCCUCUUCAUUGCGGACAACGGCGACCGAAGC